AUGGCGCAGGCGCCUGUGCCCGUGGAUAACAAGCCGCAAAUUGCGGAGAGCGCGCUUGAAGAGUCCGGAUCAUCAAAGUCAAACUACAAGGGCUUUGUGGCCGGUGUAUUUUCCGGUGUUGCAAAGCUGAGCGUUGGACACCCAUUCGAUACCAUCAAGGUUCGCUUGCAGACGAGUAAAGAUGCACAGUUUCGAGGUCCGUUGGAUUGCACUUUGCAGACGUUACGCAAUGAGGGAUUGAGGGGUUUCUACAAGGGCGCGACCCCGCCGCUCGUUGGAUGGAUGGUGAUGGACUCUGUGAUGCUGGGAUCGUUAACGCUCUACCGCCGCCUUCUACUUGAGAACGUCUUCUCCAGGCCGAACAUUCGCUCAUAUAUCCCGUUCUGUGGGCGCCAGGACCUGACAAUCUUGCCCAGCUUUGGUCAUGGUAUUGCGGGUAUCAUGGCUGGCACAACGGUUAGCUUCAUUGCGGCUCCGGUGGAACACAUUAAGGCUCGACUCCAGGUGCAGUACGCAGCAGACAAGACUAAACGCUUGUACAGUGGACCUAUCGAUUGCGUGGUCAAGAUGCUCCGCUCGCAUGGCAUCGCAGGUGUUUACCGCGGCCUUUGGGCGACCGUCUUUUUCCGAACCUUCUUCUUCUUCUGGUGGAGCUCCUACGACGUUUUGACUCGGGUCUUCAAAGAAAAGACGAGCAUGUCGGCUCCGGCCAUUAACUUCUGGGCUGGCGGUAUCUCCGCGCAGUGCUUCUGGCUCACCUCUUACCCUUCAGACGUUGUGAAGCAGCGUCUGAUGACGGAUCCUAUGGGAGGAUCACUAAACGAUGGUCAACGACAGUUCCGUGGUUGGAAAGACGCCGCGGUUGCUGUCUGGCGUGAACGCGGGCUCAAGGGAUACUGGCGAGGCUUUGUGCCGUGUUUCUUGAGGGCAUUCCCAGCGAACGCAAUGGCUCUUGUUGCCUUUGAGGGUGUGAUGCGCUCUCUACCCUAG